AAACCUACUUCAUCUGGGGAGGGAACACCAGUAAACCGCCACCGAGUUAUACCUAAGAGGGAUGGCGGGAAGCGUGACGUAAAAAUCCUUGACACUGAAGAGACCUACUCUGGGCUCUUCUGUGCCACGGUGAACCCCUACAAGUGGCUCCCUGUGUAUGAUAUGGAAUUGGUCAACGCCUACAGAGGGAAGAAGCGGAAAAAGCGUAUGGAAGCUCCACCCCACAUCUUCUCCGUCUCUGACAACACCUAUCAGUUUAUGUUGACUAGUAUGGACACUCACUGA